CACCAUGUGGAUCCGCGAGAGUCGUGGGUGGCUACUGGCGGAGGGAGGCGUCGGCGGCGACGGGCGGGGAGAGAGAGAGGAGAGGCUGACAUAUGGGGCCCACAUGCUGACACGUGGGGCCCACUGCUAAAACCACCAUGAAAACCAGCCUGGGAGGUAGUUUGCCCGGUUUUGAAGAGUUGAGGGGGUGGUUUGCCCAGAUUUCGAGUUCAUGGGUGUUUUUUAGAUUUCUUGACAAGUUCAGAGGGUAAAAUGGACUUGUUUCUAUUUAUUUCCGUAUUUGGAUAUUUUAUAUACUCCCUCCUACCGAUCAAGUGUUUAAUUCAUCGUAUUUUGAUAUCUCUAUUUUUUUAUAUAGUCAAUUUUACAGAUCUUUGGUUUUUAGAGAUCUUGGUGUUCGGUGUUAUACAUGAUGGGCCAGGUCGAAGAGAAACAUAUGAACUGGGCGAGCCCUCUUCAACAACCAUAAAUGAAUAAACAAAUUUUUUUGCCGCUGACGAUCUGUUUAUAUAUCCUCGGCCGCAUGCAUGCAGCUGUCGUGGGCAACAAUUUUCUGGCCCGCGACCUGACGAUCGAGAACUCUGCUGGCCCGUCGAAGCACCAGGCGGUGGCGCUCCGCGUGGGCGCCGACCUCUCCGCCUUCUACCGCUGCAGCUUCGUGGGGUACCAGGACACCCUGUACACGCACUCCCUCCGCCAGUUCUUCCGCGACUGCGACAUCUACGGCACCAUCGACUUCGUCUUCGGCAACGCCGCCGUCGUGCUCCAGAGCUGCAACCUCUACGCCCGCCGCCCGCUGCCCAAGCAGAGCAACAUCUUCACGGCGCAGGGCCGUGAGGACCCCAACCAGAACACGGGCAUCUCCGUCCACCGCUGCAAGGUGGCGGCGGCGGCCGACCUCGCCGGCCGGGAGGCGUCGACGCGCACGUACCUGGGCCGGCCGUGGAAGCAGUACUCCCGCACGGUGUUCCUGCAAUCGGAGCUGGACUCCCUCAUCGACCCGGCCGGGUGGCUCGAGUGGAGCGGCGACUUCGCGCUCGACACGCUCUACUACGGCGAGUACAUGAACACGGGCGCCGGCGCCGGCACGUCCGGGAGGGUGAAGUGGAAGGGGUACCGCGUCAUCACCAGCGCGGCGGAGGCCAGCGCCUUCACCGUCGGGUCCUUCAUCGACGGCGACGUCUGGCUCGCCGGCACGUCCAUCCCCUUCAACACCGGCUUGUGAGCGCUAGCGAUUCAUCGUCAUUAUUCAGUGAUGCAUGCUGAUUCACAUGCAGUGGGCCGGGGAAGAUCCGAAGAUGUGUGGCGAACAAUAAAUGGGUGGUGGCGUGAUCAAGUUGCAUUGUGAGGUGGAAAGGCACCGAUGGUUCGGUCGGUCGUCGUGUUGCGUUGCUGCCGUUGAUUCUUUUUGUGUCGUCCCGUCUGUAUACAUACGUGGCAUUGCAUGAAUGAAACUCGGAUCGGUACA